CUUGCAGCCACAUCUUUUCCUGCGCCAGAGCAGCAGAGCCUGGCCGGGAUCGCUGCUGCAUCUCCUGGCGCCCGUCCCUUGCUGGGCGAAGGGGAGGAGGAAAUUGCGCGCUUCCUUGCUGGGCCUUUGAAGCGGGCUCGGCCUGAGGUUGGUCCCACCGCCUCCUUCUCCUCUGGAGCGGGCACCGCAAGCAGGCAGAAGCUGCUCGGCCCUGAAGACAAGACUCAGCCAAGCUGCGAGGGGCAACGGGGGACUCCCUGGUGGUGCCUUGGAGCAAUGGCCUCCGAGAAGCCUCUUUCAGCCGGAGCAAAGAGACAGCCUCUGGUGGGCCUGGAGGGAGACCUGUGGCUUCCCUCCAGCGGUCUCCAUCCAGGGGAACCAAGGACGGACAGUUAUGGAAGCGGCUCUUGGUCCAGCUCUCCAGCGGCUUUCCAGUCCUCCCCACACGGCCAUCUCCACCCGGCAGCCCUGUCAACCUUCCCUGAUGGAGCUCAGGACCCAGAGGCGAUGUCCCUGAAGCCUGUCCGGGGCUUCUUUCCUCCAUCCUGGAAGAGGUGUUUCAGGAGGUGGUGGAGACGGCCUGGGGGAGAUCCUUCUCCCUUGACCUACUCCCCAGGUUUCCGGAACUCCCCACCAGUAACUCCCGUUUUGGAGGGUCCUCAGAGAACCCACUUUGAUGGGGAGGAUGGCUCCAGCAGUAGUGACAGGAAGGAUGAGGAAGAUUGGAAGAAACCUCCCUCAGAUGCCACCACCUCCUCCAAGUCUGGAAGGACUGUGACUGCCACAAGCCACGGUGGGACCUCGACAGCUCUGCCAAGUUAUAAGGAGAAGCUGGAGGCUUAUGACCAUAAAUAUGCCUACCUGAAGUCCUGGCCCGGCCUCCUAAGGCUGCUGGGGGGUCUGGAGCUCAUUCUGGGUGGGAUGGUCUUUGCUUGUACUGCGGCUUAUAUCCAGAAGGACUAUCAGUGGUCUGAACUUUACGGCAACGGUUUCCUUCCCUACAACAGUCUCACUGGGAUGGACUAUGGCUACUAUGGCCCAAUGACCCCGUUUGUCCUGGUGGUGGCUAGCCUGGUGUGGCUAGUGACUGUGAUCCUGCUGGGCCUUGGAGUGACCAUGUACUACCAGACUAUCCUCCUCAAUGCCCACUGGUGGCCCUUGACAGAGUUUGCCCUCAACCUGUUCAUGUUCCUGCUCUACCUGGCGGCUGCCAUUGCCUACGUCAACGACGUCAACCGGGGCGGCCUGUGUUACUCUGUCUUUGCCUACAACCCGCUCAUCACGGCCCUGUGCCGGGUCGAAGGGGGGCAAGUGGCCGCCAUUACCUUCCUGUUCCUCACCAUGUUGCUGUAUCUGACGGGCUCCCUCGUCUGUCUCAAGAUGUGGAGGCACGAAGCUGCCCGGAGGAUGCUGGCCCCGCCAAACCCUCUUCUCCCGGGGGGUGCCUCCCAGCACACGGCCCCUCGGGGCGAAGGGCGCCCGGCUGGCCGAGUCACCAGGCGCGUCGCGUUCUCGGAGCCAGGAGGCGCGGAGGGGCUGAACAACGCCAUCCCGACGGGGCACAACCCCAAACCGCUUAUCGUCCCCGAUUACAUUGUAAGGUACCCGGCCAUCAGGAGUCUGGACGAGCGGGAGAAGUACAAGGCUGUCUUCAACGAUCAGUAUUUGGAAUACAGGGAGCUGUUCCGCGAAAUCCGUGCCACGCGGCAGAAGUUUCAAGAGUUGGAUGCCCUGAUGUCCCAAUUGCCGGCUCACCCACAGAAUAAGGAGGAGCAAAGCCGCGUCUCUGCUGUGUGGAGGGAAUACAGAAGCAAGAAAAAGGAUCCAGCAUUCCUGGAGCAGCAGGAGCGCUGCCAGUAUCUCUGGAAGCAGAUCUCCUACCUCAAGGCCCAGAUUCAGGCCUUCGACGCCGACACGAGCAGGCCCUCCCUGUUCUUCUGACAAGGGGCGCCUAAGCCCAGCCUGGCAGGGGGCCCUGGGAUUCGCCGUGCAGAAUGGAGGCGGCCUCUUCUCUGGCUUUGGACACGUGAUGCGAAGACCCCUGGAUGCAGCUCCCUGGAAAAGUCCGUAACGCUGGGAAAGGUGGAGGGAAAGAGGAGAAGAGGACGGGCAGCAGCCGGGGGAGGGACUCCAUUACAGGGGUGAUGGGGGCACCACUGGGAGACCUGAAAGACCAGGGUGGGGAGCGAUCCUCCUGGAGAAAAUCUAUCUGUGUGGUGGCUAAGAGUUGGCACCGACAAGAUGGCAGAUAAUCAAUCCGUCCCUGGCACCCACAGGUAGCUGUGGGGUGCCCCAUCCUUCCAGCCCUCCGGCCUUGGACUGCCCCCUCCCAGAGGCUUCUUUCCCGGACCGAGUGCAGCUCUCGGGGCUUCAUUCCAGGGCACUGCUCUUCGCCCACCCCAGCCCACUUGCUGUGCCCACUAACAAAAAAGGGGGGCCUGAUGGUGGCCCUUCCCCUGGGCCCCUGAGCACAGAACCAGCACGUGUUUCACAUUCCUGUUGUUGGGAGAGAUGGAAAGGCCACCCUGCAGCAGCGUCUGUCUGCAGCGCCGUGCACUUCUUUCUGAGAAAUAAAGAAUGGGGUGAAAUGACCAAGACUGA